AUGGUGAAAGGCAAAUCCAAAAGCAGCGAUGUGCUUGAUGGACCGCUGACCGAGAAGCCGUACAAGAGUGGCAUCGUCCAGGUCUUGCGGAACACCCCGGUUCAGGUUGGCGACUUUGACUCCAAGGCCAUUCUUCUGCUUGAUGUUCUGCACGAGAAAGGCAGGGCCACAGAGGCGUGCCAGGUGCUGCAAAACACUCUUCAAGGAGUGCAGCGAAAGAAAGUCACGAACUGGCGUGCUUAUGUGUACACCCUGCUCCGAGGCAUCGACGAGGAUGCCUACAAUGCAAUGAAAGAGUCCAAGGAGAAUAACGGCCGCAAGAAGCGGCGUCCUUCGGUGCAGGAGGCCACGACCCCCAGCGCCGGGAAGAAGGAGUUUAACAAGUCUGCCGCCGAGUUCGUCCCCGGCCAGCAGUGGGCAAAGCCUGCCGAGGAGCCCAAAUCAAAGCUCCGUGAGGAUGCGGCAGAAUUCAAGCCUGGUGUGUGGCCUGAGGCUUAUCAGCCGCCCCCACCUCCGGUGAUCGUCCCGGCGUCCGCGAUGACGUUCCCAACAACGUACAAGCCCCAGCGCGAGCCGAAGGCCAUGAAGCCCGACGCCGCGGAAUUCAUUCCCGGAGUCUCCGCCUAUGCGGGGGCCAUGAAGCCCAAGAAGUCCAAGGGCAACAAGAACUCGAAGUCCAGCCCAACAGCCGCAGCCACCCCUACCCCCACGGCCAAGGCAGGUCCCGUCACCCCCGGACUCCUCUCCGGCAGUGGACCCGGCUCGCCUGUCACCCGAGACGCCGAUGUGGCGGCAGGAGGCGCGAGCUCCAGCUCCCAGCCACAGCCGCAGGCCACGGAGGCGAGCCCCACAAAGGCUGCCAAGGAGCUCAGCGAGCUUUGCCGCGACAAGCUUGGCAGCGGGGCAGCUCCGCAACCGGCAGCUGUUGGCAAACUCGGGAAGAAAUCCGGGGUGUGGGAGUUCGUGAAGGCUUUGACCGACUCCGAGUGUGCGGCGGUGCUUUCGGCUGCAGAGCAACUGGGCUUCAACCCGGCAGAGCAGGAUCGAGCGGGAGGCCAUUGCAAGCUUGUCAGGGAGGACCCCUACUUGGCCGACCGUCUGUGGCAGCGUGUCUCCGCGGCCGCACCUUCGCCCUUUUGCGGGAAGAGGGUGGCAGGAGUAUCUCCGACGCUCCGCGUGCAGCAUGGCUCCUUGGCAGAGGUCCAAUCGGAGAGCCUGGCCUUUUACCUGUGCCUGAAGAGUGCCAGCGGGGAGAAGCUGCGGGCUGGGGACCUCUUCAUCCUCGCGCCAGGUGAGAAGCUGCCAGGAGACACUCCCUGUGCUUCCUGGCUUUGUGCUGAUCUUCAGCUCGAGAGCUCGUGGUGGGCAUCAGCUUCCCAGCGCUUUGGCUUCGGGGCUUUCAAUGAACGCCGCGGCGUGGUCUUACUACUGGUCACCACGGCAGCGGCCACUAUGCUGGUGACCCAACUGAGGCCCAAGCUCCGCCUACGCCCGCUCCGCCCGCGGAGGCCCAGACAGGUUUGUGCCGGCUAUGCUUGCAAAAGGCUUACCAUGCGGAUUACGGGUCACUGUUUUGGGGGUUUAGGCGGCCUUGAGCUACUGUUCGUUGGAAUGCUGGGCCAAAUUCAGCUCACGAAUCGACCCAGACGGAUCGCGGCUUUUCUGCUGACGACAGCCACGGUUUCGCUCUUUGCUUACUUCCUCGCCACGACAUCGAGGCAAUCCAUUCGACAGAAGAUUCGGCUGGGACUUAGCUUUACAGCGCCGAGAGAAACUCCAGGGCUGCUCCCCGCUGUGACAGAGGCCGCGUGGAUAUCAUCCAACAGCACCGGUGGCACGUCUGUUUCGCGGCAGGAUGCCACAACACCACUGCAGGUCCACUCAGAGAGUCUGCUGAGCCUCGGUGCAAGGACCAGUCUGCAGCUGGCAGCAUCAGGUGCCUCCAGCACCCUCUCGACCAGUCUCCGCCCGUCGGCUGGGCCGGCGGUCCGUGGCUCCACAACACGCGCAGCGCCGACAACGCAAGCUGUCCAGGGCUCUCCGGAGAGCGCGCCGAGCGUCGGAGAAGGACAGGCGCAGCUGGGCCCGCAGUGGCGGCCCCUAGCAGCUUCAGAUCGAUAUCGCUUCACCCCGCAGACCCUGCCGCCUUUCCGAAAAUGUGAACAGGAAGAGCGAGGAAUGAAUCGCUGGAAGCAGAAGCUGGACCAACGUGGCCUGAAAAUCUGCAGCGGAGGUGUCUCAAGCAUUAUAUGUGCGCGUGAACUGGCAUCACCCAGGAUCUAUGUGUGCCAGUUCAGCAACGUCUUGGAAGUGCUUGCUGGAGAUGGCACCUUACGCUGGAUUGCCCAAUGCGCUUUGCAUAAAGAUGUGGAUCUCUAUUCCCUGUUCCAGCCUUUGCAUCGCAGCCAUUUCCUGCAUUUCCUCGAUGUUCGAAAAGACCUUGGGUCGAAGCAGCUCAGCAAAACCAUCACAGUCGUGCAGAGCAUCCCUGCUAAUGUCGACUUUUCUGACCAUGUCCUGGCAUCUUUGAAGUUAACUGCCCAAGAGAAGAAAGAGCCUGCUCGCGAAGGGGUGACCUUCCUAUCUUCCGGCGACUGCAACACGGGCAACCCGGGCCAUUGCCAGGCCGAUCAGGACAACUUGUUCAUCGUGCAGCACAUCUUGCCGAAGACCUUCAGCAGAGAGGAGACCAGAGUGGUUCUUUACAACGGCUUUGGCAGGUCAAGAUAUUCGGCUGCGAUGGAACAUCUGCCCCAUUUCUACGAAGACUGGCAGGCACUGUCCGCCGAGAUCGUUACCGCCUCCUACUCUGCAGAGUUUCCUUCCUUGAAAGUGAAAGCGAAGCCGUAUGUGCAGCUCGUGAGGUACCUGGUAUCUGGGCCUGCUGGAAUGACGGGGCCUCACUGGACCAGCUUGAAAGGUAGCUCUUGCAUCGGCCGGUCUCCUUUGCUCCUUGCGCAUCAGAUGGCUGCGUUGCCCUUCUUCGAGUCGAAAUGGGCGAGCAACCCGGAUCGAUAUGGUGAUGCCUGCAAGUUCUUGCAGAAGCUCUCUGCUGAAUACUCCUUGCACCUCCUGAACGGAGAGGUUUGCAAGAUCGACGCAAGGCACAGCAACUUCUACCUGUGGAUUUCACGGGUCGAUCAGGACUGCCACGGGCCGGCCCAUUUGACCAGCAAAUGCAGGAAGCGCCAAAAUCGUGGCGUCUCGAACGGCCUGGAGCUUGCAACCGAAUUGUCGACGCGUUAUACUGCAACUACCAUUCUUUACGUCAACGCGGGAAUCAUUCCCUACCUCGACCAAGUGUUCCUGAUACGGGCGGCGAGCACCAUCAUUGCAGCGCACGGCGGCGGCUUGUGGAAUGCGGCGCGCUGGCUGAACGAAGCGCUGCACCAGCGAGUCGUGGAGAUCGUGCCGAUAGGUUCUCCAGGCGAGACCUGUUCUCUCGCAAAGCUUUUCGGCGGUCGAUACAGCUGGGUCAAGUGCCACGCUUGCAAAAACAAGCAGAAUGGAGAGCUGAAGUUUGAGGAAUUCGUUAAGGCGCUGGAGACUGUGGCUUUUAUAUCUGCCUACCUCUUCACCUCGGCGUUCAGCCAGUCCAUUCGACAGAAGCUCCGGCUGGGACUGCACUUCAACGGGGCCCACGCGCCUCCGGGGCUUCCUGCUUCACAAGCAUCUCCCGAAGCCAUCUCCACAACAAGCAAGGACCCAGCGACAUCAGCCAGCCGCGACUUUCCGUCCACCACGGAGGGCCGGCCUGGUUCCCCGAGCUCCACAACCCAAGGCGCACAGCUGGCGGAUUCGGAUGGGCGAAGCUUCACCUCCAGCACGUCCAGCGCCCUUUCGACCAGUCUCCGCCCCUCCGCUGGGCCGGCGGUCCGUGGCUCCACGACACGCGCAGCGCCGACAACGCAAGCUGUCCAGGGCUCUCGGGAGAGCGCGCCGAGCGUCGGAGAAGGACAGGCGCAGCUGGGCGUGCAGUGGCGGCCCCUGGCAGCUUCAGAUCGAUAUCGCUUCACCCCGCAGACCCUGCCGCCUUUCCGACAGUGCGAGGAAGAACACCUGGGAAUGAGCAAGUGGAAGCAGAAGCUUCGCGGACAUGGCCUCGAAAUCUGUGGCGCUGGAGUUUCGACCAUCACCUGUGCUCGCCACCUCACCAAGCAACAAGUCUAUGUCUGCCAGUUCCGGGAUGUUGUGGAGUUACUAUCUCCAACUGGCACCUUGAGUUGGGUUGCGCAGUGCAACUUGCGCAGAGAAGUGAACCGCAGAAUGCUGUUCAGUCAAUUGUCUCCCCGACACCCUCUUCAAAACCUGGACGUUCGACGUCAGCUUGGAGCGAAGCAGCUCACCCAACCAAUUACAAUCCUUGAGAGCCUGCCUGGCAAUGUGUCUUUACUUGACCACAUUUCAGCGUCUCUGCAGUGGAAUGUCCAAAAUAAAUCCGCAGCCCGUGAAGGUUUGACCUUUAUGUCGACAGGCGACUGCAACACGGGUAACCCAGGCCAUUGCCAGGCCGAUCAGGACAACUUGUUCAUUGUGCAGCACAUCUUGCCGAAGACCUUCCGCAGAGAGGAGACCAGAGUGGUUCUUUACAACGGCUUUGGCAGAUCGAGAUAUUCGGCUCAGAAAGCAAGUCUGCCCCAUUUCUACGAAGACUGGCAGGCACUGUCCGCCGAGAUCGUACCUGGUAUCUGGGCCUGCUGGAAUGACGGGGCCUCACUGGACAAGGUUCAACCAGCAGCGUUGCCUUUUUUCGAAUCUGAAUGGGGGCGCGACCCGAAACGCUAUGGCGAUGCCUGUAACUUCAUGCGGAAACUGUCGGCAGAACACUCCUUGCACCUCCUUAAUGGGAAGGUUUGCAAGAUCGAUGCAAGGCAAAGCAACUUCUACCUGUGGAUAUCGCGCAUACCCCCGGACUGCCACAAGAUUCCUUCGCUUGGCGACAGCUGUGGGAAGAAUCGUGGCGUUGCAAACGGCCUGGAGCUCGCAACCGAACUGUCGAAGCGUUACACAGACGCUACCAUUCUAUACGUGAACACGGGAACCAUUCCCUACCUCGACCAAGUGUUCCUGAUACGCGCGGCGAGCACCAUCAUUGCAGCGCACGGCGGCGGCUUGUGGAAUGCGGCGCGCUGGCUGAACGAAGCGCUGCACCAGCGAGUCGUGGAGAUCAUGCCGAUAGGCUGGAACAGACUCUCCUGA